GUAACACGUGUUCCUAUAUUAGACUUAUAUAUAAAUAUUAAACAUGACAUCGCACGAAAUGGAAGUAGAAGAGGAAAACGAAGAAAAACUGAAAAAUUUUUAUGAAUUAGAAUUAGACGAUAGAAUUUUAAAGGCUGUUGCAAAACUAGGUUGGUUAGAACCUACAUUAAUACAAGAAAAAGCGAUACCGUUAAUGAUAGAGGGAAAAGAUGUAUUGAUUCGAGCUCGCACAGGAUCAGGCAAAACAGCUGCAUUUGCAAUUCCACUUAUUCAAAAAAUUUUAUCAAAUAAACAAAGACAAAGGAAACAAGAAAUUAAAGGCCUUAUUGUAGCUCCAAGUAAAGAGCUAUGCAAGCAAAUAAAUGAUGUAAUAGUCAGUUUAACAAUAAAAUGUAGUAGAGAAGUAAAAGCUAUUGAUGUCAGUCCACAAGUAGAUCUUAGUGCACAAAAAGUAUUAUUAACUGAGAACCCUGAUAUUGUUAUUGGUACUCCAAGUAGAUUGUUACAGCAUUUGAAAGCAAACAAUAUGAAAUUGAAACAAUCUCUUGAAACAUUAAUAAUUGAUGAAGCUGAUUUGGUAUUUUCUUUUGGAUAUGAGGAUGAAAUAAAAAAUUUAUUGAAAUAUUUGCCAACAAUAUAUCAAGCAGCUUUAGCUUCUGCAACAUUAUCUGAAGAUGUAACAACACUUAAAAAAUUGGUACUUCAUAACCCAGCAAUUUUAAAAUUAGAAGAGCCUCCAUUAGCUCCAUUAUCUCAGUUAACACACUACAGUCUUGCUGCUGAGGAAAAUGAAAAAGCUACUAUUUUGUAUGCUUUGUUGAAAUUGCAUUUAAUUAGGGGAAAAACAAUUAUAUUUGUAAAUACAGUAGACAGAUGUUACAAGUUAAAAUUAUUUCUAGAGCAGUUUGGUAUUCCUACUUGUGUAUUAAAUUCUGAGUUACCAGCAGUUUCAAGAUGUAGAGCAGUUACACAAUUUAAUACUGGGACAUAUGAGAUUAUAAUAGCAUCAGAUGAAAAGUCCUUGGAAGAACCUCAUAUAAUAAAAAUUAAAAAAGGAAAACGAAGAAAAGACAAAGAAUCCGGUGUUGCACGCGGUAUCGAUUUUCAGUUUGUGGCCAAUGUAAUUAAUUUCGACUUUCCUCCGGAUGUAAACUCGUAUAUUCAUAGAGCUGGUCGUACCGCUCGAGGAAAUAAUGAAGGAACAGCAUUGAGCUUUGUAUCAAUAAGAGAAAGACCUCUCCUGGAAGAAGUUGAAGCAGAAUUAAAACACUGUUACAAUCGCGACACUUUAUUUAAAACGUACCAAUUCAAGUUAGAAGAAGUCGAAGGUUUUCGAUAUCGAGCAAGAGAUGCCUGGAAAGCGGUAACGAGAAUAGCUGUUCGCGAAGCACGUUUAAAAGAAAUAAAACAAGAAGUACUUAAUUGUGAGAAAUUAAAAAGCUACUUCAAUGAUAAUCCAAGAGAUCUGCAGUCAUUGAGACAAGAUAAAGCAUUGCAUACUGUAAAACUACAACCACACCUGAAAGAUGUGCCUGAAUACAUAGUUCCACCCACUUUGAAAAGGUUUAUUGGUAAAAGAAAGAGGAAGUUUAACAGAGAGGCAGCAGCAUCCAGGCCUACAGCUGCAAAAUUAAGACAUCAAGCACGUGCAUCAAAUCCCCUAGUUAGUUUACAAAUAAAGAAAUAA